CUCGCCGUAGUGGCGGUUCCUCACCGGAGCCACGGAUUUUCAAACUUUUGUGAUAUGACAAAGUUUCACAGUUAAAAUAAAGGACACAUUUAUUCAACACCCGUGGAUGUCGCGUGAAGUGUUUACCACCAAACCUUCCUGUAUUUCUUUACUUUCUUUAGUCUAAACUUCGGCCGUUGCUAUGGAGGACGUCACGCGCUUGGUGUCGUCUGGUGACUGUUUGAAGAUCUGGGACUCGGCAUCCAUGACGGUGGUGGAGCAGUUCAACCCCCACAGUGCCACACAUCCAGUGGCUCAAGUGUGCUGGAGCAGCAGCAAUCAGUACCUGGUCAGUGCCAGCAGUAUUGGGGACAAGCUGGUGGUAUCCAGCCUCAAGUCCUCACCUGUUCCAGUGAUGGAGCUUGGUGAAGGGAAAAAGCAAACCCGCGUCAAUCUGAACUCCACGUCACAGUUCCUGGUCAGUGGAGGUCUGGAUAACACUGUUAAUAUUUGGGACUUGAAGACGAAAAGGUUACACCGAAGCCUUAAGGACCACAAGGAAGAAGUCACGUGUGUGUCCUUUAAUGGAGGAGAUAGCUACAUAGCAUCAGGCUCCACCAGUGGAGAUAUCAUCCUACACAGUAUUACCACCAACCUGUCUAGCAAACCUUUCGGUCACGGGCCAAAUGUUCCCAUCCAUGAUUUGAGAUAUUCAUUGGUGAAGAGGUCUCUGCUGGGCACUGUGUCCGACAGUGGCUCUGUUGCAUUGUGGGAUGCUAACACUCAGAAGGAGCUGCACUUUUUUGAAGGGGCUCACAAAGCCCCGUGUUCAGGGUUGGCCUUCUCUCCGGCCAAUGAUUUGCUCUUUAUCACUGUGGGACUGGAUAAGAAGAUCGUCUGCUAUGACACCUCCAGCAAAAUGGUCUUUCGCAAUAAGCAGGUGGAGUCUCCACUCACAGCCAUUGACUUUACUCCAGAUGGGGCUGGGCUUGUGGUGGGCUCCACCCAGGGUAGAAUGUACAUGUAUGACCUGCGCAACCUCAGCGCGCCAAUCAAAAUCACCACGGCUCACAAGACAUCCGUGACCUGCAUUCGCUUCCAAAACUCCACCUCCAAAUUGAAGUCCACUAAAACAGUGUCCAGCAAAUCUUCCCACUCCAAUAAGAGGGUCUCUGUAAAGCUGGCUGGUCAGCACACGGGACCUUCGACACCAACAUCUACAGUCCCACCCAGUGUGCCUGGCUCGGAAUUUCCUGGAGAAAGAGGAGACGGCCAAGCCCAAAUUACAGGUAGUGCUGGUGAAGUGUUCUCUCGUGAAGCAGAGGGCCACUACAGUCAAGAUCAGCUUCCGAGCCUGGAGAAGUUUAGCAGCAUCGGGCGAAACAGCCUGAACCUGGAUAUUUUCUCCCCUCUUAAUGAUGGUUUCAAGUCGCACGGUUUUGGUGAAACUCCAACGUCAAGAAACGGGGGCAGUAUAGAUGUGUUCUCAAGGGAAGGAGAAGGUCAACACAGUACAGACAGGUUCAGGGUUGGUCGAAACAGCUUGGAUAUCUUUUCACCUGUUCGAGAUGAUUACAAAAGCCACAGACUAAGUGACGCUUCAAGUGGAAAGAAAGACUUUGACUACCUACCUCAUUUUCCUGGCGGGACGUCCCAGCGAAAGACCCCAUUGGGCACUCCAGGCAGUCAUUGCUACAGUCCAUCGGUGGUUCAGACUCCUCCACCAAUCAAAGAAGAGGAACCUAUUAUCACCCCACCGCAACAGACAGAUACACAAAAUAGCAUGAAGGUGGAGAAAAGUAAUGGUGUCCGCCAGGAGUAUGACAUGAUAACAUCUCCCCCUGCCGCCCAGAGCACACGCGUUCAGUCGGUGCAUCAAUACAACACGCCUGAUCCCAGUAAGAGAGAUGUGCCCUCCCAGCUCACCUAUGACUCGCCGGUCAACAGAGCCCCUCCUGUCGCUUCACCAGCUCCAGCAGCGGUGGACUCUGGAGCUGAGAAUCACGGAGCUCCACUCACAUCGGUUCAGAUGAAAUUUGUUCGUAAUAUGAUUCAUGAGGCACUAGAAGACUUCAGGGACACCUGCCAUAGAGACAUUAUCAAUCUACAGGUGGAGAUGGUUCGACAGUUUUAUAUUCAGUUGAACGAAAUCCAUGGUCUGAUCGAGAAGUACUCUGUCAACGACUCGCUCGUCGAAGAGAUAGAAAGACUAAGAGAGGAAAACAAAAGACUACGAUCCAAUUAUUAAAGACAGCCGUGGACAUGCAUCUCCCACCACAUUAUGAAGCCUGUGACCCAUCCAGGGAUAUUGACUGAAGUGGGAGAGGACAAGAAGGCAGCUCAGAUGUUUCUACUAAUGCCUUAACUCUGCACACCUCAGCCUUAGGCAACAGCUCACAGUCUGCCUUUGCAUUUGUCAUAUUGUCAGUUUUGUAUUUGUUUUCAUAAAGCAUUUUUAAGAGUUUCAUGCCUUAACAGAUCCAACAAUAAGAACACGCUUUGUUUUUAUCCAAGGUGUGUGUUUUGUAUAAUUCGAUGCUGAUUAGUUUACAUAAAAAUACAUAUAUUGGCACUUAAGACUUGAAAAACAUAAAUGUGGUGUUGUGACAAAUCAUCUCAGCAUGGCUUUUGCCACUUAUGGAUUUUGAUGUUGUGUAAAUGUAGUCCAGGUUAUUUUGCAAACCAUAUGCCAAAAAUUAAAACACAUCGAUGAUGUGCAUGAGUAGGUGUGGUACUGAAUUUUGUGACAGUGCUUCAUAAACAAUACAUGACAUCUCUAUUGAAUAGAUUCUGAAUGAUCUUGGCAAAGCAUUUGACAUCCAAAACAUACGACUAACAAUUGUAUACUGUGCUUCUAAUCUGCUUUUGUAAGACGUCUUCCAAUGGACUGGUCUAAAUAAAUUAUUACGG